GCGCGUGCUCGAUCCUCUCAUCAUCAUGAUCUCACUCAGGAGUUUCUGAGGAAAGAGUCUGUAAACGGUUUGCUGUACUCCAGUUUAAUAUAUAAAAUUAACGGCUUGCGACUAAACUUUCUCACAUAUUUGCAGCUAUUAAAAGAGAGUAUUUUGUUUGCAGGAUGAAGUUGUUAGAAAUUAUUUGUUCUAAUGUUAUUGUCCUCAUUCAUCACUGCAUGGAUCAAGUGGAGGGCCGACCCCUGUUUACAAUUGAAGACUCAUACUAUGAGUAUGUACCAGAUCGGCAACAAUGGUCUGCCGCUCACAUGCUCUGCCAUCAGCGUUCAGGCACCCUGGCGGUGGCAUCCAGUGCUGAAGACAUCCAAAACCUGAACAGUUUUCUCCAGUCCCUGAAUAUCACCCAGGGCGUAUGGAUAGAAAGUGCAGGGAUUUCCCAGAUAAGUGGCCAACCAGAUAUGUUCAUAUUGGAAUUUCCAGUCCGUCCACACCAAAAAUCGGCUCGACUCCUCCACAAGUUCCUUAACAUGGAAGUGUUCACUAUUUGCGCUCAUAUCCAAUUUAAUCCCACUUGCCAUGGACAUUCGACUGUUUUUUCAUAUUCCAUAGAGUCGUUUAUUGAUGAGUUUCAACUCCAAGCCCGAAUUAUGGAGAAUGAGCCCAUCCAACUUGCUAUGCUGGUUCAUGGUUCGAAUACUUCUUACGUAACAGCUUUUCCCAACGAUGCUUCCUGGCACUUUGUAUGUGCGAGUUGGGCCGGGAGUAGUGGGACGUGGGCCAUCUGGGCGGAUGGAACAAAGGUGGGAUUUGGAAGCGCUCUCAAAUCAUCAGACCAUAUUGGGGGUGAUGGUGUUUUCAUCAUCGGACAAGAGCAGAAAACGUUUGGACGUUACCAAACCGACAAGGCACUUUGUGGGAACAUUACGCAGUUGUACAUGUGGGAUAAAGUGCUGGUCGAUAGUGAUAUUCGAAGCAUGGAAAAAGAUUGUUCACCCGUUACUUCUGGAUUGUUCUUCAAAUGGAAUGAAUCUGUGGUUGAAAUAGAGACCUCCCUGCAGACACGAACGGGGAACUCGAUUUGUAAAGGAAACAAGAGUUCCUCACCUGACCAACCUGUUAUGCCGUGCUUCGAUGCAGGUUUGCAUCCUAAUUUGUCUAAAGAUGUCCUCAUUUUUAACAAUGAGGUCUGUGUAAGCUUUGAUCCUGGAAGUGGAAAAUGUAACAAUGACUCUUGUACAUCACAUAAGGGAAGCGUGUGCCUGUUUCACAAAGACCAGCUGGACUCCUUUGGUUUUCCUGGGACUCUCUUCUUUACACAAGUCAGCAAUGAGUUACAUUCCAAGACUGAUGCUGACGAUAAAAAUGCAACUUUCUUCCCUGCCAAUGAAGUUACUCGUCACAGCUCUCUCCUAAAUACCAUUUUAAGAGUUAUGGACACCAAUGCCGACAUCAUCACACAUUCCGAUCUUCUGUAUCUCAUUCAAACAAUCGAAAAGACAUCAAAGGCUCAACACAAUAAAACUACUGUUCCUUCCAACGCCUUCAUGUCCAUGGUCAGAAAUUGCUUAGAAUUAGCCAGCAGACUCAUUGACCCUGAUAUGGCCAAACAGUGGAAAGAUUUGGUAGCAAGCGAGAUUUACAGUGGACCAUUGAGCAUCGUUGAGAGCAUAGAAAAGCUGCUCUUGACACUUUCGGAUGUGCUAUGGGCAGAACGCAAAAGCUUUACAAUGUCAACAAAGAACAUGGAUAUUCAUCUGGAGGCCCGGACGUUGUCACAGAUGAGCUGUGGUUAUGUGUACAAGCCCUCAGUCCAUGGGAGUCAGUUCAGCAGCCAUGAUGAAAUCCUCAUCCCAGAGUCAGAAGUGCAGAGAAUCUUCUCUUUGGGCCACGAUGACGUGAUGUUUAUUCACACUUACUACAGUCACUUGUUGGAGAUGUCCACACUGAAGGCAAAGACCCCCGGCCACCCAAAGUCAGACAGUAAGAGUCUUCACAUUGGUCAGCUGGCCACGGCAGUGAUAUCAGCAACAGUGCGAGAUGUGUCCAGGGAAAAGAAUGUUCCAGUUUCUGUCCAAUACACCCUGUCACCUGGGGCUAUGGCAGAUUUUUCCAAUCAAGCCACGCCUCUUUGUGUCUUUUGGAGUGUUACUUUCAUGGCUGGUCAUACCAGUGACUGGUCAAAUGAAGGAUGCAGAGUGUUACCCGCAGCUCCUGAUGUCACUUCCUGUUUUUGCAACCACACUACUAACUUUGCUGUCCUCAUGAACUACAUGGAGCCCGGGUGGACCUCUGAAGAGGAAAGCAUUUUGAUGAAGUUGACGUUUAUCGGAUCCGGAGCUUCUCUCUGUGCACUGGUGGUGACCUUGAUGCUGUUUACUGUGUUGGAUAUCCCAAAAUCUGAUCGUACAUCAGUCCACAAGAAUCUUUUUGUUUCAUUGAUCUGUGCCCAGAUUGUCCUCCUUUGCAGUGGCUCGGCAAUUCAUAAUAAGGUUGCCUGCAUGCUUGUGGCAGCUCUGAUGCAUUUGUUCUUCAUGGCAGCGUUCAGCUGGAUGCUGGUCGAGGGCCUGCUGCUGUGGAGUAAAGUAGUGAGCGUUAAUUUGAGCGAGCACCGCCACAUGAAAUACUACUAUCUGAUUGGCUGGGGUCUACCUGUGUUGAUAGUCACCAUCACACUAGCCUCUGCCUCUGGGAAAUACACUGCGGACGGUCACUGUUGGCUCAGUGUUCAGAACGGAGUCAUAUGGGGUUUCGCCGGCCCGGUCAUCUUCAUAAUUAUGGUGAACGUUAUGAUUCUUGCUCGUGUGGUGGUCAUCACCAUCGUCACAGCCAAGAGAAGAUCUCUUAUGAUGACUUUGAAUAGCAGCCCAGAAGAACAAGUCUCUGAGCAAAUAAAGGCCGCGGUUAAAGCAGUGAUGGUUCUGUUGCCGAUUCUGGGCCUGACCUGGCUCUGUGGAGUCCUGGUACCAUUUUCUGUGGUUAUAGCUUAUGUCUUCAGCCUCCUAAACUCGUUACAGGGUCUCUUCAUCUUCCUGAUAUAUGGCGUGUACAACACUGAGGUUCGAAACACAGUCAACAGAAUCAAAGAAAGAAGAAAAGCCUUAAAUUUCUCUAACUGUGCCAGCUCCAGGCCUUCCAGUUCAGUGAGCAGUUCUCGACUGGGCAGCUCUCCUGUAGCAGAGGUUGCGGACGGGCACGCGGUGAACACCAGCCAUUCCAGCAGCUCAUCCACCCACAGCGACAGUGGCAUUCAGAGUUACAGCAAAACCAGACAUCUGUCUCUCCUCUGUGUCCAUGACAACCUGAAUGAAGACACCCAUUGUCCUGAUAUGGGUGUCCAGCUGUCUGGACAGGAGUAUUUAGCGAAACCUAAACACAGCGUCCCGAAUGAAUGCAAUCUUAAUGUACCCAUGGAAGCAGAGCUGACAUCCUGCCAUUCACAUAGUUCACCUCCCCAACAAAAUGGCACCAUGUGUCUGCACUGAAACCCUUCUCAUCAUGUGGUUCGGUAAAGUGGAGAUUAGUUUUAUCGACCUCAAUGUAAACAAUAUUCUGCAUGUUUUAAUAUAUUGUGCAUAUUUGUAUUCUUCGAUGCCAGAUAACUUGUAGCACAUUUCCACCGCCAGGUCGAACUGUUUUAAGAAGUAAAGAACGGUUACAGUACUUGAGCAAAAUGCCCGCCAAAAUGCCCGCCAGCAUUAACGCUUCUUAUUUACUUUGAAUGGGUGAUGUCAUGCAUUGCCGAACUGAAUUGUGGAUGCAUCGGUGUCACGUCACUGGUGUGGCUCGCCGCAGAACUUCAAAAUUUCAAGCGUUAACGCACCCAUAAUAAUAAUAAUCCAUAAUGCACUCGCUAUUAACAACGCAUACGGCAUUUACAUCGUAAACUCUUGCAUUACCAAAGCAACGACUGAUCCAUUCUUACGGACGCUAUAAGCCCACAGUAAAAAAAUAAAUAAAACAAUACUGGCUCAGUUCGGCACUUAAUAUAGUGGUUAUAGAACGAAAACCGUUUGGCACGGCGAUGGAAAGCGGCUAUAGAUAUUAUGUACAAUUGUAAAAUACUGUAUGAUCUGAAACUGUUAAUUGUGCAAAAAUGUCAACGCUUGUUCUGAUUGAUUUAUCAACAUUUCAAGCACAUGUGUUUAAUGUUAAAUUAUUUAGCUUAAAGACUUUAAGUCUGGUUGUUCAGACGUUUAACUUUAUUAUAAAUUGUAAGCAGUUCAUUUCUGUUCAGUUUUGUCAGUUAAGUCAAAAGUAUGCACACACUUGACAAAUGUAAUGUUGCGAACGAUAAUACAUGCUAAGAACAGUUUUGUAAACAAAUAUAAAUUGUGCUUGUUGUAUGUAUGAAUUGUUUUAUAAAAUAUAAAUGAUAGUAAAAAUGUCCAGCACA